AUGGGGAUCACCGUGUCCCCCAGCACCCCAGGCAGUGUUGAAGCAUCACUCCUUGGUGCAUCACCUGUUCCCUCAGUCCCCAGCAUCAGUCCACAGGUCCCCAGCAUCCCACACUCUUUCCUCCUUCCAGGCUUCAACGGGCUGGCAAGGAAGACUGAGGAGAGCGCUGAGGUGGAGCCGACGGCAGUGCCCACGCUGGCGGAGCGGGAGGCAGAGGCUCGCUUUGUGAGCACGGCGCCCACGCUCAAGAUCCUCAACCACCACCCGCUGCUGGAGGACCUGCUGCACGAAGCCUUCCUGAAGAAGGACUACCUGGCCCAGGCGCCAUUCCUGCCUGCUGGCGCUGGUCCUCUCCUCCCUGCCAGUGCCCUCCAGCCAGCCCCCGGCCCCCCAGAACCCGAGCCCUCACCCCGUACCCCUGCCCUGCCCAGGCCCGCCUUCCCCACUGACCCGCUGACCACGCUAGCGGGGCACCCCGGGCCAUGGGGGGAGACAUGGGGGGCUGUGCCAGGUGUAGACCCCUCCUUGUCCCCCUCUGGGGUGCCAGAAUCAAGCACUGCAUCCCCCAGCCAGGCACCCACCACGGCCAGCACAUCCCUGGCACCCCGCAAUGGGGCCAUGGUGGUUCCUGGGGAUGAGGAGGGGACCACUACCACCUCCACCAUCACCACCACCACUGUCACCACACUGCAGGGGCCAGCUCCCUGCAACCGGACGCUGGCGGGUCCCGAGGGCUGGCUGGUGUCCCCAGAGCCAACCAGUGUCCCCUAUGACAGCUUGGACUGCACCUACACCAUCUCUGUCUACCCUGGCUAUGGUGUGGAGCUCAAGGUAGAGAACAUCAGCCUGGCAGAAGGGGAGACACUGACAGUGGAGAGCGCAGGAGGCCUGGAGCCCAACCUCCUGGCCAACGAGUCCUUCCUGCGGCGGGGCCAGGUCAUCCGCAGCCCAGCCAACCUCCUCACCCUCCGCUUCCAGAGCCCCCGGCCCCCCAGCCCUGGCUCCUACCACUUUCACUACCAAGCCUACCUGCUGAGCUGCCCCUUCCCAGCACGGCCGGCUUUCGGGGAGGUCUCGGUCAGCAGCCUUCACCCUGGUGGGGACGCCCGUUUCCGCUGUUCCACGGGAUACCAGCUGCAGGGCGCCCGCCGGCUCGUCUGCCGCAAUGCCACUCGCCCCUUCUGGAGCGCCCACGAGCCCCUCUGUCUCGCGGCAUGUGGCGGGGUGGUCCAGAACGCCACAGUGGGACGCAUUGUCUCGCCCGGCUUUCCUGGGAACUACAGCAACAACCUGACGUGCCACUGGCUGCUGGAAGCGCCAGAUGGACAUCGUCUGCACCUCCACUUCGAGAAGGUGUCACUGGCAGAGGAUGAUGACAGGCUCAUCAUCCGCAACGGCAACAACGUGGAGGCACCACCAGUGUACGACUCCUACGAGGUGGAGUACCUGCCCAUUGAGGGGCUGCUCAGCACCGGACGCCACUUCUUCGUGGAGCUCACCACCGACAGCAGCGGGGCCGCUGCGGGCAUGGCGCUGCGCUAUGAGGCCUUUGAGCAGGGGCAUUGCUACGAGCCCUUCGUCAAGUAUGGGAACUUCACGGCCAGUGAUCCCCGGUACCCCGUGGGCACCACGGUGGAGUUCAGCUGUGACCCUGGCUACACGCUGGAGCAGGGCUCCACCAUCAUCGAGUGCGUCGACCCCAGUGACCCGCAGUGGAAUGAGACGGAACCAGCGUGCCGUGCGGUGUGCAGCGGGGAGCUGACGGACACAGCCGGAGUGGUGUUGUCGCCCAACUGGCCGGAGGCGUACGGCAAGGGCCAGGACUGCAUCUGGGGGCUGCACGUGGAGGAGGACAAGCGCAUCAUGCUGGAUGUCCGCGUGUUGCGGCUGGGCUCGGGGGACAUGCUGACCUUCUAUGAUGGGGAUGACCUGACUGCGCGCAUCCUGGGCCAGUACACGGGCGCCCGUGGCCGCUUCAAGCUCUACGCAUCCACUGCUGAUGUCACCGUCCAGUUCCAGUCUGACCCUGGCGCCGGUGCCUUUGCCUAUCGGCAGGGCUUUGUCAUCCACUUCUCUGAGGUCCCCCGUAAUGACACCUGUCCCGAGCUGCCGGACAUUGCCAAUGGCUGGAAAACGUCCUCACAGCCGGAGCUUCUCCAUGGCACUGUGGUCACCUUCCAUUGCUACCCCGGCUUCCAGCUGACUGGCACUGACCUCCUGAUGUGUCACUGGGACCUGACGUGGAGCGGUGACCUGCCCUCCUGCGAGCGGGUGACAACCUGCCGGGACCCUGGGGAUGCUGAGCACAGCCGCAGGGUGGUCUCCAACCCUAAAUUCCCGGUGGGAGCCACCGUGCAGUACGUCUGUGACAAGGGCUACGUCCUGGCGGGUGCUGGAACCCUGACCUGCCAUGACCGUGCUGCGGGGGGACCCAAGUGGAGUGACCGCCUCCCCAAGUGCAUCCCGGAGACGUACGAGCCCUGCCACAACCCUGGCGUGCCGGCGGGCGGGAGGCAGAACCCGGAGCGGCGGCUGUACCCGGCGGGAGCCACCCUACACUUCUCCUGCACCGCUGGCCGGGCGCUGCUGGGCGAGAGUAGCCUGCGCUGCCUGCCUGGGCACCCCUCACGCUGGAGCGGCUUCCCUCCCAUCUGCAAGGCGGCCUCCUACGAUGAGUUUUACAGCAACCGCAACCUGGAUGCUGUGGCCAAGGCCGUGCCCUCGGGGACAACGCUGGAGGGCACCAACGUUGCCAUCGCUGUCUUCCUACCUGUGCUGGUGGUGGCCCUGCUCAUUGGGGGCAUUUAUCUCUACUUCUCCAAGCUCCAGGGGAAGCCAGCCCUCCAGCUGCCCCUUGCUGGCUCCCACCCCUAUGACCAUAUCACCGUGGAGUCGGCUUUUGACAAUCCCACCUAUGAGACAGGAGACACGAGGGAAUAUGAGGUGUCCAUCUAGGUGUGGGCAGCGUGGAGCUGGGCGUUGCAGCCACCCCUCCCAGGCCCCCCCGUGCCCACCAGCCCCCGGCACGGGCUGGGAACACCUCUCCCAAGGAGACUCAAGCCAAACGCUUGGCAGGACCCACCUGGGCACUGGCAAC